AUGAUCCGCGCUAUUCUUGUUGCUCAAUGCCAUGAGAAAUCUCAACGAGUGCCUUCUGGAUGCAGUUGGGUGGCCAUCACCAAUGAUCACAGAGCGGGUGUUGUCCAUGUGUCGCACUCGGAGAAAGGAGCGGAGCAAGCCAUUCGGCGAGAACUGGAACAGACCAUAGCCAACGUUUCGCCGCCUAGACGAGUGCCUUGGGCGUCUAUGGGAUGGUAUCCUGAAACGCUUCGAAAGGUGCGCGAAAUAUUGCAUGGACACAAUCUGCAUGUGAUGGGUGAAUUGGUUCAGAUCCGUGCGUCAUCCAGAGGAGCCGUGCUAAGGAUCAAGACGAAUGAGAGCGAUUACUACUUAAAAUGCAGUACAUCCACGUCGAACGAUGCUGGAGUCACGUCAAUAAUGUCUCGCGUUGCUCCAGAUCUUGUCGCCAAGCCGUUAUUCGCAGAUGUGGAACGUCGUCAAAUGAUCCUUGUGGACCAUGGUGACGAGACUGGCUUCUGUGGAUUGGAUGGUGAAGGGCGUAAGCAGGUCGUAAGAGAUCUGGCGCGUCUGCACCGCGCAAGCGCAAAAGUGUUACCGGAUUUGUUGAAGGUCGGUCUACCAAGUUAUUCACCGCUGUGGAUGCGUGAGAACUUGAACUCACUUUUUCAGUGUAAGGAGCUUUUGUCCGUGCUAGAAACGGAACAAAUACAGAAGCUGUCGAGCCUCAAGGUGAAGCUGCAAGAUGAUCUGACGGAACUUGUUGAUUGGGAAAUGCCUAUUUGUUUGGUACACAAUGACACGAGCGACGGGAACCUUAUCAGGAAGAACGCCGAUGAGGGUCCAGGGGUCCGGUUUUUCGACUUUGACAGUUCUUUUGCGGGCCAUCCUUUGUUUGAUGUUGACUGGUGCAGCCGGGAAACCCUAGAGGUCUAUGCACAAGAAAUGGACAUAGCUGACAUUGACGGAUUGGUUAGGUUGAACAGGAAAGUAUUCGAUCUUGAGUGGCUCGUGCAAGCAUAUAGAUACUUGGACAUGGCUAGGGAAGCGGAAGACGGUGCUCCCCGGGAAGACGCCCUUCACUGGCUAGGAGACAGUGUUCGUACCUUGCUGUGGUGA